CGAAUGCCUCAGCUCUCACCUCACUCUUCGCUGAGCUGAGUCGGUGCGCACUUCUGGUCAGACUUGCACUAAGGGCACACUUCCACUCGGCUGCUCUUGCGACAAGACACAUCUCAGAGGCUCAUUUCGGAGGCGUUGAUACCGAACUUGCAGGAUGAGGGUUCAGUUGCUGCUGUGCGUCCUGGGUGCUGUAGGCGCGCUGGGAUUCUCUAAUGAGUAUUACACAUGGGCAGCUGGCCUGCAACCUGGUUACGUAAUAGAGGAGUUCUUGAAGAAUGGCCGGACCUGUCACUGCAUGGUGCCCUUAAAAUCAACCACCACGAGCACGAGCACGACUACGUCUACGUCUACAACUACUUCGACAAGCACUUCUACAAGUAUGACAACUUCCACAUCUACAACCACUACAACCUCCACAUCCACAAGCACAUCAACAACCACAUCUACAAGCUCGUCAAGUUCCACAUCUACAAGCACUUCUACAACCACCACACUUACAUCAACAUCAACAACCACAUCUACAAGUACUACAACGUCAACAUCUACAAAUACUUCCACAUUUACAAGCACUUCUACAACCAUUACAACGACUACAAGUACUAUAACUUCUACAUCCACAUUUACAAAAACUACAACCUCUCUAUCCACAUUUACAAAUACCACAACUUCUACAUCUACGUUUACAAGCACCACAAAUUCUAUAUCCACCACCACGACGAUGGCUCCAGUCAAUUACGAUUGCAACAAGACGAUCAAUCUCUUCGAGGGAUCUGUUGACACUUGGACGUCACCAAACUACCCCAAUGAUUAUCCCGAAGACAUUUGCUGUGUACUAACCUUGACCACGGAUAGUACUAGUCCAUUAUUCAUGGCCAUUAUAACGUUUGAGGGCCAAGCGCAAAUAUUUGAUAACCCAGAAUGUAGCACCGAUUCUCUAACAUUUGACAUCUGGCUAUUAACUUCCUGUUACAGCCAAUGUGGUGCCUUGACUGACAAAACAGUCUACCUUUCGGAACCAUACACCAUUGUUUUCAAAACCAGCUCAGCAGAUGGAGGAACUGCAGUGGGAUUCAAUAUGACUAUUACGGGCGAUGAUAUGCUCCUGGGUUGACGAGCAACGUGACGAAUUGGCGGAUCAACUUUGGUCAUCAGGUCGUCAUGGCAGUUAAAAGGAUACACUCUUCGGAUAUUGGAAAUACAUUAUGUUUCUGUGUUACAUUUGAACCUUGAUGUUGGAUAAGCUUGAGUUUAAUUAGAAGAAAAGCCAAUAUUUGAAUCGUCAUUCUGUUUCGCUUUUUGUCAUUUCACUUUGAGUUUAAUCAGAAAAUAAGCCAAUAUUGAAUGGCCUUUUUGUUUCGCUUUCUGAGAACAAAAUCUUAAGAACACUAAUCAUUG